CACGGCAGCCUCGAACACUUAAUGUUCUCUGACAACAAAACCAGUUCAGUGAUUUGUCAACUUACCGGAAGUUAAUGCUAUGCCAAAUACUUUAAAAUAUGUUGUGAGAGUGUUGUGACCUUUAAUAUUAGUUAGAAAGUUUAACAAAGUCAUAAUUAUUGUGUAAAGUGAGCAUACGAUGUACAAAAUAUGUUUUCUGCUUCUUAUAGCAGUGGCUAAAGAUUGCAGAUCGCAGGACGAGGAGGGCCCGUACCGCGGCAAGUUCAUCGGGAAACUCAACUCCUAUCACCACCAGGUGUCAGGAGAUGUGUAUGCAGUAGAUGACUUUACAAUAUUGCUGGUGAACUUCAACUAUGAUGGCACCGGGGACGACACGUUCUUCUGGGCAGGAGACGCUGGCCGGCCCGGCCCGCAGGGCUUCAUCGUGCCCAACGAGUAUGGCAGGACGAACAUCCUGGAGCGGUACUUCAACGCGGAAGUGCGGCUGGCGGUGCCCGAGGGCAAGCGCAUCUCGCGCAUCAAGUGGCUGGCCGUGUACGACAUCGGCAGCCAGAACGCGUUCGGCGACGUGUACGUGCCGGACGAGUUCGAGGCGCCGGCCGAGCGCGCCGUGGGGCCGCUGGCCGGCUCGCCCGCCGUCUCCAGCAAGCCCGUGCGCUUCCUCGACGCCACCACCAUCCUAAUUCCGGAGUUGCGAUACGACGGCAGUGGCGAGGAGGUGUAUUUCUGGACCGGAGUGGGCCCGCAGCCCUCGUCCAGAGGCGAGAAGAUUCCCGACGAGUAUGGCUACCUGGAGCCGCUGCGCGCGUACGCGGGCGAGGACGUGCGGCUGGCGCUGCCGGGCGGGCGCACGGUGUUCGACGUGAAGUGGGUGGCGCUGUGGGACCGCGCGCGGGCGCAGUCGCUGGGCAGCGUGCUGGUGCCCGACGCGCUCAACGUGCCGCCCGCGCCGCAGGCCGCGCUGCCGUACGCGUCGCCGCUGCCGCACUGCAAGCAGCUGCACCGCGACCUGCAGGUGUCGUGGGAGGUGUUCGGCAACCAGGUCACGGUGGAGCUGGCGGCGCAGAUGGACGAGGACGAGUACAUGGCGUUCGGCGUGUCGGGCAGCGCGGAAGGCUCGCGCAUGCUGGGCGCCGACGUGGCGGUGGCGCAGUACAACACGCAGCAGCAGCGCGGGCUCGCCACCGACUACAACAUCACCGCGCUCGCGCCCUGCGUGCAGGUGCUGGGCGCGUGGCAGGGCGUGUGCCGCGACGACCGCGUGGGCGGCCUCGACUCCAACCAGGUGUUCAGCGCGCGGCGGGAGAACGGCCUCACCGUCGUGUCCUACCGCCGCACCCUCGCCGCGCAGGAGCCCAUGGACCGCGACUGGCCCGUCGACCGCGAAGUGUUCGCCGUGUGGGCGCUGGGCCGCCUCGACCACGAGCGCGAGCCCGCCUUCCACCGCCUGUUCCCGCGCGCCGACGUGCGCCUGCACCUCGCGCGGGACCCGCCCACCAACGACUGCGUGCCCUUCGCCGUCGCGUCGCGUGCGGCGCCGACGCCGUGGGAGGUGGCGGAGCUGUUUGACCCGGCGCUGCGCGUGUUCACGUUCCGGCUGGGCCCCGCGGGCGGCGCGCGGGGGCUGCCGGGCCGCCCGCUGCGCCACUCGCCGCCGCUCGCCUGGUACGUCAACGGCCAGCUGGCGCCGGACCUGCAGCUGCGCCGCGGCCUGCAGUACUCCUUCAAGGUGUACGGCGGCAACGACCCGCACUCGGCGACGGAGUACCACCCGCUGAUCGUGACGGCGGAGCCGGUGGGCGGGCUGGAGCGGCUGGGCGAGGCGGCGCAGCGCAGCGCGCGCGUGCUGGCGGGCGUGCACACCACGCGGCGCGGCCGCCUGGCGCCCACCGCCGCCGGCCCGCUGUGCCGCGCCCGCCCCGCGCCCGGCGCCGACACGCGCCGCGACGCCGACUACGCCACGUUCCGCGCCUACAACCGCUCGCUGGUGUGGGACUGCCCCGCCGCGCCGCCGGCCGAGCUGCUGGUGGCGCCCAACAGCACGUGGCCGGACCGCGUGUACUACCACUCGUUCUCGCACGCGGGCAUGGGCGGCCGCAUCUACGUGGUGGACAAGCACCGGCGCAACAUCGGCCGCACCAGCGCCGCGCCCCCCUCACUGUCCGCGCCCCGCACUGCCGCGCUGCUGGCGCUGCUGCUCGCGGCCUUGUGACUGCAACCGGACGAACUGACGCACUGAGGAAACGGUACCUCAUAUACGAACUGACGCUUGUACCAAUUUUAGUGUACCAGUGUAUUAUUCAAUAAAUUAAAUAAAAAUGUAUAAAUUCAAAAUGUAUUUUUCAAUAUGACAAUAGUUGUGCAGGCGUUCGAAUAAUUUACGUACACAUAAACUUAUACUCCUGAAUCAAUCUAGAAGAUAAUCAACAAAUUAUACUUAUAUUAUAAAGCUGAAGAGUCGGUUUGCUUGAACGCGCUAAUUUCAGGAACUACUGGUCCGAUUGGAAAAAUCUUUGAGUCUUAGGGCCAGGCCACAACAGUGCGUUGCGGCGUCGCAUCGCAAAAAUCAACGACGCCGCACAACGCACUAAUACACAAAUUUGCAUAGAAUAGAACAUAGCUGUGCAAUGUUGUUUUUGCGAUGCGACGCCGCAACGCACUGUUGUGGCCUGGCCCUUAGGCCCAGCGCAUACCGCUAGAAGCAGCCGCGAUCCGCCGGCAUUUGACCAUCAGCCAGUGUUGCCAAUUCGGAUUUUGGGAACAGCGUAUACCAGAUGAGAAAAUUACGUAGAAUUGAUUAAAAUUGCAUAAUAUAUGCAAAGUCCGUAGAUCUACGUUUAUUGUUUUCGAGGUGAAAUAAUGGUCUUAGGAUAAGUGAAACUGAUGAAAACGUUGACGCCAGUUUAUAAUUUUAAUUGUAAAUAUGAUCAAUAAAACCUUUUAUGAAUCGUAAAAAAAUGUUAUUUAGUAUAUAGGCUGCUGCUAUCUUCUUGGUAUAAAAAUAAAUAAAUAUAGAUUUAUUGUGUAUAGAUUUAUUUUUAUUUAUUUAUUCGACUUACACGGCUUUUAAAGCCACUUACUUAAUUGUAGAACUUAAAUUUAAAAUUUACAAAUAAUUAAGUACAUCUUAAGAAAUUACGUUGAUUGGAUUGAAGGUAGGUAGAUCUACGUAAAAAGACGUAGAGUUGGCAACACCGGCCGCGGGCGCGCGAGCGGCUCAAGCGAACUUAUUCUGUUGUAGACCGUAUGUCCGCAUGUAUAGAUCUGAAGGUGUUGUGAACUUGCUGGAACAUUAUUUAUUAAGUCAUUUUUGAAUCUGUGAUGUAUUGUAAUGGAGAGACUAUUAAAAAGCUUGAGUAUUCGA